AUGACAAUCGCGUAUAGAACCUUAUCGAAGCUUGUUGUGCCCGCUCUUGGUAAUUUAUUUUGUAUAACACGGGUAAACCUCAGUACCAUAAAAAUGGCUAGCAACAAUCCAGAUUACAAAUGUGCUACAAGUAUCCACGAAUUUACGGUUAAGAAUGUAAAAGGCGAAGAAGUCAAAUUAGAUGUUUAUAAAGGACAUGUUUGCAUCAUCGUGAAUGUCGCAUCCCAGUGUGGACUCACGGCAAAUAAUUACAAGCAGCUUAAUGAGUUGUAUGACCAGUAUGCUGAGAGCAAAGGUCUUCGUAUUUUGGCAUUUCCCUGCAACCAAUUUGCUGGCCAGGAGCCUGGAAACUCUGAAGAGAUUGUCUGUUUCAUGAAUGAACGCAAAGUUAAGUUCGACAUGUUUGAGAAAAUAGAUGUUAAUGGGGAUUCCGCGCACCCAUUAUGGAAAUUUCUGAAGCACAAGCAGGGUGGAACUUUGGGCAGUUUUAUCAAGUGGAAUUUCACUAAAUUCAUUGUCGACAAAAAUGGUGUACCCGUCGAAAGACAUGGCCCGAACACCGACCCUCUCGACUUGGUGAAGUCUCUUGAGAAAUACUGGUAA